AUGUCGCUUCUGGGGACGAUUAACUCGGGUUUCCCCGAUUCUAAUCAAACCGUCCCAGCUUCGCGGGAGGCGCGUCGCCAUGACCCCGCCGACAGCGAGGAUGAGACGACACUGGAGGACAAAGUGAAUGAAAUUUCGGCGGAGGAGCAGGUCGAGCAAGAGGUGCACCGUCUCGCACGGAAGCUUACGCGACAGUCGACCAGGGGACCGGGUGAAAACACCUUCCUCCAUACCGAGGAGAAUUCAACUCUCAACCCCGCCAGCGAGAACUUCGUUGCCCGCGACUGGAUGAAAAACCUGCUCGCAAUCACCUCGCGCGAGCCUGAUAAGUACCCGCCCCGCCAGGCUGGUGUCUCGUUCCGCAACCUCAGUGUGCAUGGCUACGGCACGCCUACUGAUUACCAGAAAGAUGUGUUCAAUUCCCUUCUGCAGGUUGGGGCUAUUUUCCGCACCCUGACUGGGACGGGCAAGAACAAGAUCCAAAUCUUGCGAGACUUUGAUGGUCUCGUUAAGAGUGGCGAGAUGCUUGUUGUCCUGGGUCGACCAGGAAGUGGCUGCACGACGUUCCUGAAGACUCUUGCCGGAGAGAUGAAUGGUAUCUAUAAGGACGAGAAGUCUCACAUGAACUACCAGGGUAUCUCUGAUAGGCAGAUGAACAACCAAUUCCGAGGCGAAGCUAUCUACACUGCGGAGACAGACGUGCACUUCCCACAACUGUUAGUGGGCGACACUCUGAAAUUUGCCGCGCUCGCUCGUACACCCCGCAAUCGCCCGGGUAACGUCACCCGAGAGCAGUAUGCAGAGCAUAUGCGCGAUGUGGUCAUGGCAAUGCUUGGCCUGUCGCACACCAUCAACACCAAGGUCGGGAAUGACUUUGUACGUGGUGUUUCUGGUGGAGAGCGGAAGCGUGUUAGUAUUGCUGAGGCUACUCUGUGUGGCAGCCCCCUGCAAUGCUGGGACAACAGUACCCGUGGUUUGGACAGUGCAAACGCCUUGGAGUUCUGUAAGACGCUGAACCUGAUGGCCAAGUACAGCGGAACUACCUGUGCGGUUGCUAUCUACCAGGCCUCCCAGAGUGCCUAUGAUGUGUUUGACAAAGUCACUGUGCUCUAUGAAGGUCGCCAGAUCUACUUUGGCCGCACUGACGAGGCGAAAGAAUUCUUCACCAACAUGGGAUUUGAAUGCCCCGAGCGCCAGACGACUGCCGAUUUUCUCACUUCCCUGACCAGUCCUGCAGAGCGCAUUGUUAAGCCUGGGUUCGAAAAUUCCGUUCCGAGGACCCCUGAUGAAUUUGCGGCUGCAUGGAGAAACAGUAAGGAGCAUAGUGCAUUGGUCAAGGAGAUUGAAGAAUAUCAUUCAACAUAUCCUAUCGGUGGAGAAUCAUUGCAGAAGUUCGUUGAGUCACGCCGGGCAAUGCAGUCAAAGCACCAACGUGUUCGCUCUCCCUACACUCUCUCCGUCAUACAACAGAUCAACCUGUGCGUGGUCCGUGGCUUCCAGCGUUUGAAGGGUGAUGCUAGUUUGACGCUUUCUGCCCUGAUUGGCAACUUCAUCAUGGCCUUGAUUAUUGGUUCGGUGUUCUACAACUUGCAGGACACCUCGUCUAGCUUUUAUUCUCGCGGUGCCCUUCUUUUCUUUGCUAUCCUGCUUAAUGCUUUCUCCAGUGCCCUUGAAAUCCUCACACUUUACGCCCAACGUCCGAUUGUCGAGAAACAGGCACGAUAUGCAAUGUACCAUCCAUUUACCGAAGCCGUCGCCUCCAUGAUCUGUGACUUGCCCUACAAGUUUACCAACGCUGUGACAUUCAACGUGACCCUCUACUUCCUGACGAACCUGCGCCGCACACCUGGUGCUUUCUUCACCUUCAUGCUCUUUUCUCUGGUAGUUACAUUGACCAUGUCAAUGAUCUUCCGAACAAUUGCCGCCUCUUCCCGCACUCUCUCACAAGCCCUGGUACCGGCUGCUAUCCUGAUUCUGGGCUUGGUUAUCUACACUGGUUUCACGAUCCCAACCCGAAACAUGCUCGGCUGGUCGAGAUGGAUGAACUAUAUUGACCCGAUCGCAUAUGGCUUCGAGUCGCUGAUGGUCAACGAGUUCUAUAACAGAAAAUUUCGCUGUGAUGGACUGAUUCCAAACUACCCCGAUGCUUCAUUGCAAUACCAGGUCUGCGGAACCACCGGGGCGGUGGUUGGCACUAACGAAGUUCUUGGCACGGAUUACCUCCUUCAGAACUUCCAGUACAAGCAUAGCCACAAGUGGCGGAACCUUGGCAUUAUGUUUGCGUUUAUGGUUUUUUUCAUGUUUACGUAUCUCCUCGCUACUGAGUACAUCUCGGAAUCGAAGUCAAAGGGUGAGGUUUUGCUGUUCCGUCGCGGACACGUCUCGAAGCUGCAGGUUCCCGACGAGGAGCAGAGUCAGCCUAUUCCUCACUCCGAGAAGACCGAUACGGCAAGCGAAGAAGCUACUGCUGGUAUUCAACGUCAGACCGCUAUUUUCCACUGGCAAGAUGUGUGCUAUGACAUCAAAAUCAAGAAUGAGGAGCGACGGAUUCUUGAUCAUGUCGAUGGUUGGGUCAAGCCUGGUACCUGUACUGCUCUGAUGGGUGUCUCCGGUGCUGGUAAGACCACUCUGUUGGAUGUUCUGGCUACUCGUGUUACUAUGGGCGUGGUUACUGGUGAAAUGCUGGUGGAUGGGCGCAUGCGCGAUCAAUCCUUCCAACGGAAAACUGGCUACGUUCAGCAACAAGACCUGCACCUGUAUACUACCACGGUCCGUGAAGCACUCCGGUUUAGCGCUCUACUCCGUCAACCCCAUGCUACUCCCCGCCAGGAGAAACUCGACUACGUUGAGGAAGUUAUCAAGCUCCUGGGGAUGGAGGCCUAUGCAGAUGCCAUUGUCGGUGUGCCUGGUGAAGGUCUGAAUGUCGAGCAGCGCAAGCGUCUCACUAUCGGCGUUGAGCUUGCCGCUAAGCCUCAGCUGCUGUUGUUUUUGGAUGAGCCUACCUCUGGUUUGGAUAGUCAAACUUCUUGGUCAAUUCUCGAUCUGAUCGACACCCUGACCAAGCACGGGCAAGCUAUUCUCUGCACCAUUCACCAGCCCUCGGCCAUGCUUUUCCAGCGCUUCGACCGUCUGUUGUUUCUCGCCAAGGGUGGUAAGACCGUUUACUUUGGCGAUAUCGGCGAGCGAUCAUCCAUUCUUUCCAGCUACUUCGAGCGAAACGGUGCCCCGAAGUUGGCUCCCGACGCUAACCCCGCUGAAUGGAUGCUGGAGGUUAUUGGUGCUGCUCCUGGCUCCCACUCUGAUAUCGACUGGCCUGCUGUCUGGCGAGAGAGUCCCGAGCGAAAGGAAGUGCGCGACCACCUCGCAUAUCUCAAGGAAACUCUCUCUCAGAAGUCCAUCGAUGAAUCUAGCAAAGAUCCCUCCAACUAUAACGAGUUUGCUGCUCCUUUCUCUGUCCAGCUUUACGAGUGUCUUCGUCGGGUUUUCAGUCAAUACUGGCGCACCCCGGUCUACAUCUAUUCCAAGGCAGCCCUCUGUGUCCUUACUGCGCUCUACAUCGGUUUUUCUUUCUUCCAGGCCAAGAACAGUCUUCAAGGCCUUCAGAAUCAGAUGUUCGGUAUCUUCAUGUUGAUGACCAUCUUCGGUAACCUGGUCCAGCAAAUCAUGCCGCACUUCUGUACCCAGCGCUCUCUGUAUGAGGUUCGGGAACGACCAUCCAAAGCCUACUCCUGGAAAGCGUUCAUGGCCUCCAACAUCCUUGUUGAAUUGCCCUGGAACACGCUCGCCGCUGUCCUGAUCUUCUUUUGCUGGUACUACCCCAUCGGGCUUUAUCGAAACGCAGAGCCUACAGACUCCGUCCACGAACGAGGGGCCCUCAUGUUCCUUCUCAUAUGGACCUUCCUCCUGUUCACCUCGACCUUCGCUCACAUGAUCAUCGCUGGUAUCGAGCUCGCUGAGACGGGUGGUAACAUCGCCAAUCUGCUGUUCUCCCUCUGCCUGAUCUUCUGCGGUGUCCUCGCAACACCGGAGCAGAUGCCUCACUUCUGGAUCUUCAUGUACCGAGUCUCUCCCUUCACCUAUCUGGUUUCCGGCAUGUUGUCCACUGCAGUCUCGGGCACCACCGUUACCUGUGAGAAAGUGGAAUAUCUGACUUUGAACCCUCCACCGGGUAAAACCUGCGGGGAGUACAUGCAGGCCUACAUCAAUACUAGUGGUGGCUAUCUGCUGAACGAGAACGCUACCUCCGAUUGCUCGUUCUGCACCGAGAGUACUACGGAUAGCUUCCUUGCCAAUGUCAACAGCUACUUUAGCGAUGCUUGGCGCAACUUUGGACUGAUGUGGGUGUACAUCAUCUUCAAUAUCUUCAUGGCUGUUUUCAUUUACUGGCUUGCGCGUGUCCCCAAAGGAUCCCGCAACAAGUAG